UUACGCCCAGCUGUGGACCUAAUUAGUUCACUUAGGGCUCUUUAUAAAACCCUGGUAGGGGGACUGGAAGGGACAGACACUCACUGGGAAGUCAGCAACCUGACAAGACAGCAGCAGCGGAUCUGGAUCCCUAAAGUUAACCUGCUGCCACACAAUAUUAAACCAAUCCGAAGAUUUCCUGAGAAUGCCACACUUAAGUGACUGCAGUUACUACAAAAUGCGGGAUGCGACCAGAGCUUCGAAAGUACAAAGCCACCUGGAAAACUCCAAAUUCCACCUUCACCAAAGCCAGAAUCAGCCGGUGAAGCAGUACCUGACGUUGGGCUCCAAGUUAGCCUCGUCCGCCGGGUCGGGUCACGCUGUGCAACAUCCACACACCCCUGGGCAACCGCUGGCCACCGUUCCCAUCAUGAGGAACGGACACAUGCCCCCCGUCAGCGACGGCAGCAACCCCAACAGCCCUGUCACCCUGCUCACCAUGGCCAAUCACGACAGCGAGUUUCCAAUGGAUGAAGUUAUUGAUGACCUAAUUAGCCUUGAAUCCGGUUUCAAUGAUGGAGGCUUGGAUUGCAUGGAGUCUAACAUGAUAAUGCAAAACAAUGUGUCCCUCAGUAGCAGCAUGCUGGACGUCUAUGGGGGUGAACCAGAGCAUGACACCAGGGUGAUGGCAAAAGAGCGGCAGAAGAAAGACAACCACAACUUGAUUGAAAGACGGCGACGAUACAACAUUAACUACAGGAUUAAAGAGCUGGGGACUCUCAUCCCAAAGUCGAAUGACCCUGACAUGCGGUGGAACAAAGGCACCAUCCUGAAGGCUUCGGUGGAAUACAUCAGGUGGCUGCAGAAGGAGCAGCAGCACGCUCGGGAGCUGGAGAGCCGUCAGAAGAAGCUGGAGCAAGCCAACCGGAGGCUGCUGCUGAGGAUCCAGGAACUUGAGAUCCAAGCCAGAGCACAUGGACUCCCGAACAUGGCCACCACCUUGGGUACAGUGGAGUUAUCCUCCCACCUCCUCAAACAGCAGCAGCAGCAGCAGCAACAGCAGCAGCAACAACAGCAACAACAGCAGCAACAACAACAGCAGCAACAACAGCAGCAACAACAGCAGCACACUCCUCCCCAGACCCAGCAACCGCAGCAGCCCCCCCUGUACCAGGAGGACCCCAACAGUGACUACCUCCAGAGGAUAGCCGUGGUGGCCGGCGUGCCCAGCAUCGCUGCCGUCAGCGGGCCGCAGGAGCACCUCCCCGGCGCAGACGCCUGCACCACGUUCUCCGACCCGCUGUCCCACUUCACAGACUUCUUCACCGCCACGCUCAAGGAGGAGAACCAGCUGGAGGAGAUCCUGAUGGACGACCCGCUGUCGCCGUUCGGCACCGACCCGCUCCUCUCGGCCGGCUCUCCCGGAGCCGCGUCCAAGGACAGCAGCCGCAGGAGCAGCUUCAGCUCCGGCGAUGGCGACGACCUAUAAGGGCCUGCCUGCCUUCAGCGUCGUUUCCCGUCAGCUGGAACCCUCCGGGGUUGUCUUUUGAGACAACCAAACCGAAGCUGUGGCCGGUUGUGACCAACUGCCGGGGUUGGGAGUCUUCCCAGUGACAGCUGACAAACUCUCCUGCACCCGCCAAAGUGCCACCCGUCUGUAACGUACUGGACGGUCCCAGAAGCAGACGCUCUUUAAAGCGGGACCAGACCGACCUCCGUCCCGGACUUCUCUGCCUCCCAGACAGAGCGGAAGCAGAUUCGUAAAAACAAAACAAACAGAAAAAAUGAAUACAUAAAAAAAGGGAGACAUUUAAUCAGCACAUAAUGUAAAUGACUACGCCUGCUAUUUUUUUAAGUCAACACUGUGGUGGUUAUACACUGUAAUAUAUGUAAAACAAUCACUAAAAACGUGCCAAAACUGUCCCCCACUGUCUUUGUUGAUGAAAAUACUUUUCAAGAAGGUUUUAACCAGACAUUUGCAUCAUAUAAGGGGCUUUAUUUGACCUUUCAGCUUUUCUUCAGAGAGAACUAAUGUACUCACCUUCAUGUCUAACAUAUUGGCCUUGUUUGUCUCUUUGUUUUCUGUUUUUUUUAUAAAUAAGUGUUUUUGUAUUUAUGUAUGUUUAAUCAAUGUAUUCAUAAAAAAAGAUAUAUAUUAAUGUGGA